GCCUCGGGCCCCGCCCCCAUCACCCCCAGGGCUGGAGACGCGUCCGGGGCUUGCGGCAGCGGCCCUGGCGAGGGGCGCAGGCUCGAGGCACCAACCCUGGCUUACCCUACUGGGGGAAGGUGGGAUCCACUGACCAGACCCUGACAGCCUUCCUGGGCACCGGAGGCUUCAGCCCCCACCACGACUCGCCUUUGCCUACAGCAUGCAGUCCCAGGAGAGUGGGGUCCGCUACAGCAGGUGGGACAACAGCAACCGGGAUGAAGUCAGCAUGACUGCCAUGUCCAGCACAGAGGAGCCCUCAUGCUAUAGGAGGCUCUCCCAGAAGUUGUGCUCAGGCAAGCUGGGGAUCGCCAUGAAGGUGCUGGGUGGAGUGGCCCUCUUCUGGAUCAUCUUCAUCUUGGGCUACGUCACUGGCUACUACGUGCACAAGUGCAAAUAAAUGCUGCCCCGCUCCCGCCCCCCACUCCCUCCCAUGUCCACAGACCCCAGGGCAUAUGAAGAUGCCAGCGUGCACUGUCAGCACAGCUCCAACAUCCUAGCGCAGGCAGCAUCAGCUGCAUACAUGCUGGGACUAGGCUCAGUCCCAGUAGAGCUGGAGGGAACCUCCCCAGGCUGGGCGCUACCUAUGGUGUCCACAUCCCUUUGACCAAUGCUAGGCCAGAUCUUCCUCAGUCUAGGGCUUGGCCUGUCUGUAACUGAGGCAAGCCACAGCAUGUGCUCCUCCCUGUGGCCUUGGGCAAAGCUCCUGGCCCUCUAGGCCUUCCAGAUUCCUGGCUGUGCCCUGAAUAAUGAUGUGUCCCCUACCUAUUCUUUUUAGGGGACACAGAUAAGGCCCCAUAUAGAAGACCUGUUUCUGUAUAUGGCACAGAGGCCUUUUCAAACACAACAUUGUAUGCUUUUUAUUUGAGAGAGGGUUUCUCUGUGUAGCUUUGGCUGUCCUGGAACUCACUUUGUAAACCAGGCUGGCUGGUCUUGAACUCAGAUCCACUUGCCUCUUUCUUGAGUGCUGGGAUUAAA